GGGCUGCUGCUGGCCGCGGCCCCGGGCGCCGCGCUGGCCAAGGAGACGGCGUUCGUGGAGGUGGUGCUCUUCGAGUCCAGCCCCAGCGGCGACUACACCACCUACACCACGGGGCUGCAGGGGCGCUUCUCGCGGGCCGGGGCCACUCUCAGCGCCGAGGGCGAGAUCGUGCAGAUGCAUCCACUGGGACUGUGUAAUAGCAACGAUGAAGAGGACUUGUAUGAAUAUGGCUGGGUAGGAGUGGUGAAACUGGAACAGCCUGAGUUGGAGCCUAAACCAUGCCUCACUGUUCUGGGCAAGGCAAAGCGGGCAGUUCAGCGAGGAGCCACAGCUGUCAUCUUUGAUGUUUCUGAAAACCCAGAUGCCAUUGACCAGCUGAACCAGGGCUCAGAAGACCCUUUGAAGAGGCCAGUGGUGUAUGUGAAGGGGGCUGAUGCUGUCAAACUGAUGAACAUAGUUAACAAGCAGAAAGUGGCACGAGCAAGGAUUCAGCACCGGCCCCCACGGCAACCCACAGAGUACUUUGACAUGGGGAUUUUCCUCGCCUUUUUUGUGGUGGUCUCUCUCGUUUGCCUCAUUCUUCUUGUCAAGAUCAAACUGAAGCAGCGACGUAGUCAGAAUUCCAUGAACAGGCUUGCAGUGCAGGCACUGGAAAAGAUGGAAACCAGGAAGUUCAAGUCCAAAAAUAAGGGUCACCGUGAAGGAAGCUGUGGAGCUCUGGACACACUAAGCAGCAGUUCAACCUCUGACUGUGCCAUCUGCCUGGAGAAAUACAUCGAUGGGGAGGAGUUGCGGGUGAUUCCCUGCACUCACAGAUUCCACAAAAAAUGUGUGGAUCCCUGGCUGCUGCAGCAUCAUACUUGCCCCCACUGCCGCCAUAACAUUAUAGAACAAAAGAAGGGAAACCCAGGCCCGGUAUGUUUGGAAUCCACCAACCCAGUGCGCAGCCGGCAGCAGAGGGUGAUUCUGCCAGUUCAUUAUCCUGGCCGAGUGCACAGGACCAGCCAAAUAACUGCAUAUCCCACCCGCACUAGCAUGGACCCCCAUGGAAAUCCCAUCACGGUACUUACAGUGGACAGGCAUGGUGAGCAGAGCCUGUAUCCAGCACAGUCCCCUGCUUACAUCCAAAAUUACCAGCCUGUUCACUUGGAUCAUGCCUUGAACACACAUCGCUGUGGCCUGGAGCACAGAGCUUAUUCUCCAGCUCAUACCUUCCGAAGGGCCAAGUUCAAUGGACGUAAUUUCUCCAAAGCAGCUUGUUUUUCCCAGUAUGAGACCAUGUACCAGCACUACUAUUUCCAAGGCCUUAGCUACCCUGAGCAAGAUGGACAGCCUCCAGCAGGCAUUGCCUCAAAGGGUCCCUCCCGUGCCUUCCAGCCUGGUGGCAGCAUGCUGUUCCCUCCUGUGGUACAUGUAGUGCCCUCCUCCCGCUUGGAGAGUGGCAGCACCUCCAGUUUCAGCUGCUAUCAUGGUCACCGCUCAGUGUGCAGUGGUUACCUGGCUGACUGCCCAGGCAGUGACAGCAGCAGCAGUAGUUCUGGUCAAUGCCACUGCUCCUCCAGUGAUUCCAUGGUUGACUGUACAGAGGUCAGCAACCAGGGGGUCUAUGGGAGCUGUUCCACCUUCCGUAGUUCUCUGAGCAGUGACUAUGACCCUUAUAUUUACCGCAGCAAGAGCCCCUGCCGAGUAGGGGAUGCUGGUGGUACAAACCGAGGGACGAUCGUUCUCCUGGAGGGCCCCCAUCAGGACGAGCUUCUGGCACAUGGACACGCUCUGAUGGGUGCUGACUGUCGGCCUGUGCCAGCUUCUUCCUCAGGGGACCAACUUUCUAACUGCAGCAUGGAGAUGAACUACAGCAGUAAUUCCUCACUAGAGCACAGGGAUUCAAAUGGCACUACCUCAGAGGGAGGCCUCGAGGCUACUCCCAGUGCUGCCUUGGAUGUUAAAAGGAACUGGAAAGGUCCAGAAGUA